AUGAUUACGGGAUAUGGUCCAGUAACACAGGCCCUUCUGGGGACUUUACUGACGUGGGGCCUGACUGCGGCUGGCGCCGGUUGUGUUUUCUUUAUACGAGGCAAACAUAGAAAAUUACUUGAUGUAUCAUUGGGAUUUGCUGCUGGUGUUAUGACAGCGGCGUCAUACUGGUCCUUAUUGAAGCCAGCAAUAGAAAUGUGUGAAGAAUCCGAUUUAUAUGGUGCUAAUGGACAGUUUGCGUUUGUGCCUAUUGCUGCUGGAUUCCUGUUUGGAGCAGUUUUUGUGUUUGGAACAGAUAGGUUCUUGGACUACCUAGGAAUCAACUCCACCAACAUGAUGAUGAGUAUGACAAAAACCAAAGAAUCAAAAGAGAAGAUGGAAGAUUUAGAAAUGAUGACGGCGUUGAACAGGCGGCCUUCCACCAGUGUGGUGACGGUCGAUCAACCGCCAGCCACAGACUUCGCUGACUGCAUCAGUAAUCAACACACUGCGCAGAGACGGAGAGGGCACCAUCACUCGCUACAUUCUUUGUCGCAGUGGAAACGUAUCAUGCUGCUGGUGGUAGCUAUCACAGUGCACAACAUCCCCGAGGGACUCGCGGUGGGCGUGUCUUUCGGGGCCGCGUCCAAGAAUGAUGCAGCAAACUUCAACAGUGCCAGGUAUGUAAUGCCUUCUUGGGACAGCAUAACGAAAGCGCUUGAGGCGCGACAGUCGCAAUGGAAACGUAUCAUGCUGCUGGUGGUAGCCAUCACAGUGUACAAUAUCCCAGGGGGACUCGCGGUGGACGUGUCUUUCGGAGCCGCGUCCAAGAAUGAUGCGACAAAGUUCAACAGUGCCAGGUAUGUAAUGCCCUCUUGGGACAGCAUAACGAAAGCGCUACAUGCGCGACAGUCGCAAUGGAAACGUAUCAUGCUGCUGGUGGUAGCCAUCACAGUUGCUCAACAUCCCCGAGGGACUCGCGGUGGGCGUGUCUUUCAGGGCCGCGUCUAA